GGCCGGCCGUGCAGCAACGAGGCUCGCUUUGCGGCAGCGUGAGCCUGAUGCAAUCCGGCUAUUGGGAGGCGCAAUUGCCGGAAAGCCCAGCAAAGGAAAAGCAAAAGCAGCAGCGACUCCUCGUCUCGCCUCGCCUGCUGCUGGUGUUGCUUCGGCGUGGCCCCUUCUACCAAGAGCAGCGAUGUCUGGCGUGAUCAUCGAGAAGGCGGGCAGCCUGAGCCUGGGAGAGGUCUACGUCUCUGAUCGAGAAGGAUGUGAUGAUACAGGAGAUGGGACGCAGGCGAAGCCUUUCAAAACUCCUUUGCAGGCUUUGCUGUCUGUUGGAAAGGAACCGUUUCCCACUAUCUACGUGGACUCGCAAAAGGAAGACCAGAGAUGGGAUACUAUUUCCAAGACUCAGUUCAAGAACGUCAGGAAACUGUGGCAGAGGGAGCAACAGAAAAGUGAAGCCAGAGAAAAGAAAGAGGCUGAAGACCUGUUGCGUCGUGAGAAGAACUUGGAGGAAGCAAAGAAGAUUGUCAUUAAGAAAGAUCCGAGUCUCCCAGAGCCCAAAUGUGUGAAAAUUCGUGCCCUGGAGGCCCACAGAGGGGAGCGAGUAAAGGUUUUUGGCUGGGUCCACAGAUUGCGUAGACAAGGGAAAAACUUGAUGUUUAUCGUAUUAAGAGACGGCACAGGCUUUCUUCAGUGUGUUUUGUCUGAUGAACUGUGUCAGUGUUACAACGGUGUGGUCCUCUCCACGGAGAGCACAGUUGCCAUCUAUGGAACCCUCAGCCUUGUUCCGGAAGGCAAGCAGGCUCCUGGAGGCCACGAGCUGAGCUGUGACUACUGGGAACUCAUAGGCCUGGCUCCUGCUGGCGGAGCCGAUAACCUGGUCAACGAAGAGUCAGAUGUGGACGUGCAGCUGAACAACCGUCACAUGAUGAUCCGAGGGGAAACCCUAAGCAGAAUCUUAAAGGUGCGCUCCACCGUCAUCCAGUGCUUCAGGGAUCACUUCUUUGACCGAGGCUAUUACGAAAUCACCCCACCAACAUUGGUCCAGACGCAGGUAGAAGGAGGCUCCACUCUGUUCAAAAUGGACUAUUUCGGCGAAGAAGCUUACUUGACACAGUCAUCGCAGCUGUACCUGGAGACUUGCAUCCCAGCAUUGGGAGACACCUUUUGCAUCGCCCAGUCGUAUCGGGCCGAACAAUCUCGGACACGCAGGCAUCUGGCUGAAUACACACACAUUGAAGCUGAAUGCGCAUUCAUGUCCUACGAAGACCUGUUGAGCCGUUUGGAGGAUCUUGUCUGUGACGUAGUGGACCGAGUCUUGAAAUCGCCUGCGUCCGACUUACUGUACGCCCUCAACCCGAACUUUGAGCCUCCCAAGCGUCCCUUCAAGCGAAUGAACUACGCAGAUGCCAUCGAGUGGCUCAAGGAACACGACGUGAAGAAGGAAGAUGACACCUACUAUGAAUUCGGAGAGGAUAUUCCGGAGGCUCCGGAGAGACAGAUGACGGAUGCCAUUAACGAGCCGAUCCUGCUGUGUCGAUUUCCUGCCGAGAUAAAGUCCUUCUACAUGCAGCGCUGCCCGGAGGAUUCCCGUCUUACCGAAUCUGUUGACGUGUUGAUGCCCAACGUUGGUGAGAUCGUUGGAGGCUCGAUGCGUAUUUGGGACAGCGACGAGCUGCUGGAAGGUUACAAGAGAGAAGGCAUUGAUCCCACACCUUAUUAUUGGUACACAGAUCAGCGUAAAUACGGCACGUGCCCUCACGGUGGCUACGGCUUGGGCCUGGAACGAUUCCUAACCUGGAUCCUAAACAGGCACCAUAUUCGGGACGUGUGCUUAUAUCCACGCUUUGUCCAGCGCUGCAAACCCUAACCGGGAUCACCUGGUGGAUCAUCUCUGGCCAACAUUAGAGCGAAACCCUCUUCUUCGCCCCAAAGAGCUAUUCCCUCAGAUACCUGCAAACAAAAUCAAACGUACAACGGUUUUUUUAUUUUUCAAAUGAAAAUACAAUAGCUUUGAAUUUCCAUUUAAAUGGCUGCCCACCGAUUCCGGAAUCUUCUUUUUCCUUUGCCCAGCCCCUCCCACCUUUAUCAAUUCUGUUGUGAUAUUUGAACUUAUUGAUUGCUAGUUUAAGCAAGCCAGUAUGCAAUACGUAGAGGUCGCACGUUCUAGAACAGCACUUUUAACACAGAGGUCCAUAAAAGCAUUAGGGAAUUUGAUAACCUUCAAAUUUGGGGCUUGAUAUUUGGCUGGUGGUGGGGGGGGAACUAUUAAAAUGAUUUUAAAAACACUUUAAGGUUUUUUUUUUGGGGGGGGGGGUUGCAAAUGACAAAUUCUCUAGCAAAUGUAAGAUGCAAUGCAGUAGAAUGAUAAAAAAAAUAGCAUAGUGUGAAGGAAAUUCCUAUAGGGAUUUUUUUAAAAAACCCUUUUCUUAAAGGAAGUUUUAGGUUUGGAUUCUUAGACAAGGCGGGGGUGCAAAAGGGGAGCCCACUGCACAUUUAACUCUGCCUUGAGAAAGUCUUCAAAGGAAAACAUUCGGAAAACAUUACCCUGAAGUUGUAGCAACCUCCUCUUUAUUUUCAUGAUUGUGCUGCAUGAAACUGGUGUUGGGUUGAAAGAUGUGCCCUUGAGUUGAGAGUGCGAAACAUGUUUGCGCCACACUUUUUAGUUUCACGUGUAAGAAUAGUGAAUCUUGUGUAAAGGGGUAUCCCCAGCUGGGACAAUAGUGAAAAAUCAACCCUAACCCAUAGCACUUGCAGGGAGAUGGAGGCAUUGCUAUCUCUCAGUAUAUUUUCAUUAUAUCUGCAUUUUGAACUUUUCAUUAAUUGAUCACCCGGCUUGCUGGAUGACUACUAUUUAGGCUCCCAGUUCCUUCAAAAUGUUCUCAGCAAUUCUGCUCUUGUGAGAAACUUUUUAUAUGUCACACUUGGUCACCUUGCCUUUCAACGUGUCAGCGCUUUGCAGUUGAUUAAAAAUAACAUAAAUUUGACAUGGCUUCCCCACAAAGGACCUUGGGAAUUGUAGUUUUAGGAUGGCUCUGAUCAUUCCCAGUUCUUUGCCCACCAACUGAGCUAUGGUGUAAAAGGGAAGCCAGCUGAAAUUUAUGGGCAUAUCCUUAAUAUUUCCUGGUCAGCAAGCAACUAAGGUGGUAGACCUUGGACGCUGCUCUUUCAGUUUCCUGAACACACAGCAUUAUGAAACCUAGUUUUGAGCCAUCAGAAUAGUUCACUGGAACAAGUUACAGAAUGGACAUGGGUUUUUUUUGGAUUCCUGCCUCAGGACUUAAAUCUGGGUGGCUUACUCUUAUCUAUAUCUCUUCUCAACUGUGUUGUCAAUUUAUUGGGUAAUUGUUGUGCAUAUCCCUAUUUUCAAAUCUGGCAAUCAAUAAAUUCAUACCACUGGGAGAAAGAAUGGAUUGUCUUUCAUUA